UUUGAAUAUGAAAUAUAAACAGAUUAACUCUAAGAACUUUUUCCAUUUCUCUUACCGGUGAUUCACAGAGUUGUGAGUUGAGGUGGUAGAAUUUCUGGGAAUAACUCUUUGAAAUCAAAUGGAGGUUAGAGGCUGUUCUAGAGGCAGAUAACAUUAUUUGAAAGUAGUGGUGACCAUUCUCUACUUAAUGACAACAACUAGAUCAUGAUUCUCCCAACCCCCUAAAAUGAAACCCCCAAAUACUAUAUAUACAAAACCCCCAAGAGCUAAAUAAGUUGGCUGGCUUCAUAACAGUGGACAGAACUUGUGUUAGGAGAGGCUACAGAAUGCUUUUACAGGAGAAAAGCGGGAAGAGAAGCCUUGAAAGCUGUGUUCUGGUCUUUCUACAGGGUCAGCCAUUCUCCAAAAUCUUCAACAUGGGUUAA